AUAAGUGGUAGUGACAAAAAUGGUCUAAGACACGCUGUUUGACAAGUCUACUCCUGUGGUUGUUGUUCCUGAACUCACAAGGGGUCUCGCUGUGUCUCACUUUCAUAUGGGGUCGGUUAGGCUUCCAAGUUUUAAUUAUUAUUGGACAGAUACUUAAAAAAUAUCACAGAUAAUUCUGAGUAGGCGGCUAUCGUUUCCAGUCAUUCAAUGUUAUGUAUCCUAUUUGAUAUUGAUAUUGUCAGUCAAUUAACGAACACAAAGAUGGAGACCAGGAAUCGCAUGUUUAACGCAGUAGUAGUAAUCACAUGGUGUUUUAUGCUGAAAGUUGGAGCAUCAGACCCAGGAAUCAAUAUGCUAAGCCAAGGUUGCAGCAGUUAUAAUGUUAGCAGCGUGUCGAAUUUCAAUAGCAACCUGAACAUAACCUUCGGGUUAGUCAGGACUGACUUGAUCAACGGCAGCAAAAAAUUUGUAACAGAGCAGAGUUUGAGUGGUCCCGACUCAGUUUAUGCCAUGUUUCAGUGCAGAGAUUAUAUGUCUGCAGCUGAUUGCAUUGCUUGUUUUUCUGCUGCUUCGACGCAGAUUCGCAACUGCUCUGUGGCCAAUGGUGCUCGUGUUGUCUAUGAUGGAUGUUUCCUCAGGUAUGAGAGGAGCGAAUUCUAUGGGGAGACUACUCGGGAUGCCAAUCGCGAGUAUUGCGGGAAUGAAACUACAUCAUCACCAGAUACUACUUUUAACACAACUGUGGCAGGCCUAUUAGGCGAUCUUCAAGUAGCGACACCAAGGAUAGAUGGUUUCUUUGCCGCUAGCAAGAGGGAAGUGGCAGGUUCAAAUGUAUCCGUGUAUGGCAUUGCACAAUGUGUGCAAACUAUUGAUUCGGCUGGUUGCCAAGCUUGUAUGGAAGUUGCCUAUAAAAACAUACAGAGGUGUCCUCCAAAUGCGGAUGGCAGGGCACUUGAUUCAGGAUGUUUUAUGAGAUACUCGGACAAACCCUUCUUUGCUGAUAACCAGACUAUCGAUCUCCUGCCCUUCUUGAAAACUAAAAGUUCAUCAAGCUCCAAAAAAGGCGCCAUUAUCGGGGGUGCAGCUGGAGGGGCAGCCCUUGUUUUGCUUAUUGUUGGAUUGUUUGUUUGGUUUAAACUAUCUAAGAAGCGGAAGGCAGCUCCUAGAGGUAAUAUAUUAGAUGCAACCGAGCUGCGAGGCGCCACCAUAUACAGUUAUAAGGACUUGAAAUCAGCAACAAAAAAUUUUAAAGAAGAAAACAAGCUAGGAGAAGGAGGUUUUGGUGAUGUAUACAAGGGUACUUUGAAGAAUGGGAAAGAAGUUGCGGUAAAGAAACUAGAAUCAGAGCCACCUUAGCACAAAAUUUGCGGG